ACUAUGGUAGCGCGCUGUCAGUUUGUUUCAGUUCACGCAACUGGCUCAAGCUUUAUAGCCAUGAUCACAUACAUGCAGUUGGCCAUGCAAUGUCAAAGCAUCAUCACAGCAUGUGAGGAGCAUUCCAACAUUCGCAAAUUUUACAAUGAUGAGGUUGCCAAGUUGAGAAGUGCGCCAUCAGAACGUACUUUCCAUCGCUGGUAUGAACAUGGCUGUAAAUUCAUCUUGCUAGCUGCAGGCAGGUCAUUCUACUUGCUUGUUAUCAUCGCAGGUCUGGAAAUACAGUGGAAAGUUGCAUCAAUGCAGUUUAGUGUCCUUCGGCAAGUUGGUAGUAUGUUGAGGCAGCCAGGGAUUGGCGAUAAGGCCGACUUAAUCACUCAACGUAUCAUACCUACCAUCGCCUGGAUCAGAUCCCAAAUGCCUAUUUCCCUGCAAAGAAUUUUUCCAUCUUCAUUUCUAACAUGCAUUGGAGCUGGGGACACCCUGGACUGCACAGACCUGGUGCUCACUGAUGGAGUCUUCGAUAUCUUCAGACAAGAGAAUUUUACUCUCCCAGCCAGGGAUAUGGGAGCCUGGGCCAUUUGCAAAUCAGAUGUUGCUGAACAGACACUUGUCAUUAGUGGUAAGGGCAUAACUAGCCACUUACAUUCUUUGAUGUGUUGCCCUAGUGGGGUGAAACACUUCUGUGUUACAGUCAUCCAAACAUCUUUUGACCGCUCACAUUGUAACAAUGUGCGAUCCCCUGCUAAGAACGACAGGAAGGAGAAUGCGAUAUGGACGGAAAGCGAGCGCAUGAAAGCAGCGGCAGGGGAAGUUGUUAGCGAUCUUGAUGAUCUAGGCAAUAAGAUGGGCAAACUCUAUCCAGAGGGCUACAGAAGCCACAGGGGAUAUGUACGCAUACCAAUGCACAUUCUGAAAGGCGGUAUGCUUGAUUUACGCAAUUCAGAUGGCAGUCUCAUGGCUUUCAUCUGUCCCUCUCUACCAGAGACCAUUUGCCUUGGCCUCACCAGUAGCUUGCUCGCCUGCUUUGAAAGCAAGAACAAGACUCUUCUUCGUCCCUUCCAGUGCCUGCAUUUCUCGCUCUGGAAUCGCUACUCAACUGUGGGAGACAAUGCACCCACUCAUAUUCAUCCUUAUGAUAUGGUUAGGGCGGAUGUAAGUCGCACUAAUCAUAUGCAGUGUUUGCCCUAUCCUUCAAGAGACAUCUUGGAGCACCAGGAACUGUAUAACAACAUCCUGACUACAUUUGGCGAACUCUUUGAGUGGAUUGAAAUGGUGAUGAAGGAGUUUUUGCCAGAGGAGUACGAAGUUCUGGUAGAACUUGGCCAGAAUCUUCCUGGUGGAGAACGCUCACUGGUGGCUCCUUUCCUCUCCCUUGUCCUCAAUCUCAAUGUGACCACAGAGGGUCAUUGA